UCCUCCUCCUCCUCCUCCUUCCCCUGGCUUGUCUAGCUCUCGCUCUGUGACAGAACUACGGGGGAUUAUUACCUUUAUAUUGCUCAACGGACAGACAGAGCUGAGGAAAGCGGUGAGUAAGCAUCCUAUGCGAUUGGUGGUCGGGUUUGGUACCGGGCCAUGGUUUGGAGAUCUGCAGUUGUCCCGGAGAUGUAGCUGUUCGUUUUGAAAGCUCUUUUAGUCUGCCUUGUCGCUGUCGAUCAGGUUAUGCUUACGCUCCAUGUUCAGAGCUUCACAGGUGCGAGAUACAAAGUGCGUCUUCAAACUCACGCCUAUGCCAUUCCUGACCGCUCUUUCCACCGCUGUGCGUCUGAUAACUAACGCCAUUCCACUUGCUAGCAGCUCAUCUCAGGAUGGAGUUUGUCCCCGCACCAGCCGUACACCGCGUCCUCUGCGCCGACUGCGGUACUCCCAUCGUCCCCAACUCCGCAAAUCUCUGCGUCGCAUGCCUGCGCAACAGCGUCGAUAUCACAGAGGGGAUCCCGAAGCAAGCCUCCGUCUCAUUCUGCCGUAACUGUGAUCGCUUCCUCUCCCCUCCCUCUGCCUGGACGAUCGCUCGACCCGAGUCGCAAGAGCUACUCGCAAUCUGUCUCCGCAAACUGAAAGGCCUGAACAAGGUCCGAUUGACCGACGCUCACUUCAUCUGGACAGAGCCGCACAGCAAGCGGUUGCGCGUCUCGCUUACGAUCCAAAAGGAGGUCCUCACUGCGACGAUCCUCGAGCAGGUCUUCGAAAUCGAGUACCUGGUACAGCACGGUCAGUGCCCCGACUGCACAAAGCUAGCUGCCAAAAACACAUGGAAGGCUCUCGUCCAAGUUCGUCAGAAGGUUCCGCAUAAGCGGACGUUCCUCUUCCUCGAGCAGCUCAUUCUCAAGCACGGCGCUCAAAAAGACACGAUAUCCGUGAAGGAAGUCCGAGACGGGCUCGACUUCUUCUACUCGUCGCGGAGUCAUGCCAUCAAGAUGGUCGAUUUCCUGUCAGGCGUUGUCCCUAUACGCAGCAAGGCGAGCGAGCAGCUGCUCAGCUCGGACACGCACACCAACACCGCGAACUUCAAGUACACCUACUCCGUCGAGAUCGUCCCAGUGUGCAAGGACGACCUCGUCGCCCUCCCCUCAAAGCUCGCUCGCUCACUUUCAAACAUCUCGCCCCUCGCACUCUGCUCCCGCGUUGGAAACUCGCUGCAUCUUCUCGACCCCGCGACCCUCCAGUCCGUUGAGCUCUCCGUAGCAUCGUACUGGCGCAUGCCAUUCGACUCUCUGGCAGGCGUGUCCGACCUUGUCGAGUUCACCGUCCUCGACGUCGAGCCCUCCGGCCAGACCCGAGGCAAGUGGGUGCUCGCCGACGCGCAAGUCGCGCUCAGCGGCGCCUUCACCUCGGGCAAGGGCGGCGACGACGACCUGAUGGACGGCGGCGCGUCCUCGCAGAUCCUGCACACGCGCACGCACCUCGGCGGGAUCCUCCAGCCCGGCGAUGCCGCGCUCGGCUACUUCCUCACCCACGCGAACUUCAACUCGGACGACUUCGCCGCGCUGCCCGCCCACCGCGUCCCCGACGUCGUGCUCGUCAAGAAGGCGUACCCGAACCGGCGCAAGAAGAACAAGCCGAGGAACUGGAAGCUCCGGAGUAUCGCGAUGGAGGCGGGCGAGGAGGGCGAGACGGGCGCGGGCCGCGGCGUCGUGGGCCGCAUGGGCGGGCGCGACCAGAAGAAGGUCGAGCAGGACUACGAGCUCUUCUUGCGCGACCUCGAGGAGGACGAGGAGAUGCGGGGCGCGGUGAACCUGUAUCAGGCGAAGGACGUCAAGCCAGGUGCGGGCUCGGGCUUGGCGGGCGGAAAGACGAGGAGGAAGGGGCAGGGUCAGUCUGCGAUGGAUGUGGACGAGGGCGCACAGGACGAGACGGCGAGUAUUGCGCCGACGGAGGGCGACGAGGACGAGCCGGACUUCCCUGAAGUCAAGCUGGACGAGCUGCUGGAAGACUUCGACGAGAUGACGCUGGAGGAACACGAUGCAUGAUGAUAUUCAUCUGUUGUGUUCACUGGCUCUACACUGGUUAUAGACGGGCUAUGUAUGCGUGAAGUUGUACGCUAGACACAGGAAGUCAAUGCCGAAACUGUUGUAUUGUGUCCGACACUGAAUUGUCAGUCCACAGUAAUAUUUGAUCCUCGGAUCUGCACGAUGUCUCCAGUUCGUCUCCUCUAGCGCUGCCUGUGCCCCGUUACGCAUCAAUGCGGCGGCCGGAUCCUAGGGAGGAGAGGGGGAGAGGACAUGCGAAUGGGAGCCAUCCGAGUGCGGAUGGAUUUGAGUUCGGGCGACUCUUGCUGGUCAAGCUUCACGAUCGAAUGUUUCAUCACCUGCGUGCAGAUGCUAUAACGAUAACCUCGAGUAGAUACAGCACGCAUGUACACUACUGCACAUUGGCAAACGAACGUCAAGGAAAC